UCCAUGGUCUCUUCGUUCAGGAGGAAGACUCUGGAGUUUAAGCUACUGCUGUUUCGGAGCAUUUUGAGCUUUGAAUUUUGAUAAUUUCAAUACUUAAGUACGGUACUUUGGUAUGCUAUUGUAUAACGAUUUGAUUCAAAGAUGUUAGAGUUCUUGGGCUUCGUUUUGGUCGCGUCCAUCUCGGUCACUAUUUCAGGACCUGUGUAUUCAGAUAAUCCCAUCAAACCAGGCUGCCUCGUUGAAGAUAAAUUCCACAAUGUCGGGGAUAACUUUACAGAUCAAUACUGCAGUGAACAAUGCCAGUGUUUGGGAUCUAAUGGUCUUUACAUGCCAGUAUGUUGGCCGCUGUGUCUGAUGUACCCUAGUGAUUGUCCCGAGGGUCAGUUGGUUCGUGUAAAUAUUAUACCCGUAGGACCACCGGGCAGCAAGUGUACGUGUAAAGAAGCCGAGUGUACGAUGAUUAAUGGACGGGAGAGUAUUCAAUACUAAUAUUAAYACUUUUGUAGAAAACACGAAGCUAAUAACCAGCAUAGGGGGGCGGGUUUACGUAGAACCGAACCGGAAGUAGAAAGAUAGUUUAUGAAAACCAGAAGUGAAAAGAUUGCGUUACGGGAAYGAAAGUGCAUAGAAACUUUGCUAAAAAGUUGUAGUUGCAAAUGGCCAAUGAGAAAGCAAUGACAACGAAAAACUGUGACUUUACAAAGCAUCGAAUUGUAUUUCUUAAGGCUUUAAUGCAGUUUAUCAUUUUCAUGAGACAACAAAUAAGUGCGACGAAAAUAAAUUGUAAGAGUUUGGUAGAUGAAAA